AUGUCCUUGAGGAAAUUUAUUUCAAAAUCAUUGAAUACGAUUUAUAGCAACAAAUCGAACGAUGACGGAAAACCAAGAAUGAUAACAUCAAGAAAAUAUCCAAAAGAUGAUAUCUUCACCACGACCUUUUCGCGAGAAAGUAUCAAAGCACGAUCUCGAUCACAUACAAUCUCUUAUGACCUGCGACCGUCCUUACACCUUUCACAUCUCACGCCGGAUGAAAAGACCUUUCGUCCGGUUAAAAACGUGUACGUAAAAGUAAAUGUGUUUUGGGGAGAGGAUCAAAAUGAUGAACGGUUUGGUUUAACUAUUCCACGAACCGGUUCUUUCAGAUCACUUAAAAAAGCUUUAUCAAAGAGUCUAGGGUAUGAGAUGCCACAUGAUUUUGCUAUACUUUAUCAUACAAGAAGGUAUCGCGAGGAUAAUGUUAUGAUGAGGGUUUUGCUUGAUUACUGGUUAAAGAACAGAAUGUUGUGGUUGGUGGAUAAUGAUUUCGUGUUUAGGAAACACAUGUUGUUGUGGAGGGACCAUAUUGAAAUAACCAUUGUACGAAAAUCGAUAAUUUAUUAA